UAGCAAGAAAAUGAAACAUAUUCUUGAAAUUCAUGCUUGCCAUGGCUUUUUUAUUUUUUCCUUUUCCUCCCAAGGUUUUCAAACCCAAAGUUUAUCUCCCAACAAUGGUAGCUUCCCUUCAAGUUCUCAUGGCUGCAAUUUUUCUCUCUCAAAUGAACUUACUAGCAACUGGAUUAUCUUUCGACUUCACUGGUUUCAAUGUUGGUGACCUUAACAUUUCUUACGAGGAAGCCUACCCUGCGGACCAAGCCAUUCAGCUUACAAAUAACAUGAGAGGUGUCAAUCCUCAAGCAAAAUUUGGCCGAGCCACAUACUUCAAAUCUAUGCAACUUUGGGACAGAUCUUCAGGUAAUCUCACAGAUUUCAAUACCCAUUUCUCUUUUGUCAUUGAUUCUCAGGGCAACAGCAUAUAUGGAGAUGGAUUGGCCUUCUUUCUAGCACCUGAAGGUUCAAAGCUUCCUCCCAAGCAGACACAAGGCUGUAGUUUAGGUCUUACAUUUGAUGGACAAGAAUUAAACACUUCUUCAAAUAGAUUUGUUGCAGUGGAAUUUGAUAUUUUCAGUAACGAUUUUGAUCCUCCGGGCGAACAUGUCGGUAUCAACAUCAAUUCUCUGGAAUCUGUAAACAAUAUUACUUGGUUUUGUAGCAUAAUGACAGGGAAGAUGAAUGAUGCUUGGAUUAGUUAUAAUUCUAGUACACAUAAUCUAAGUGUUGCCUUCACUGGAAAUGACACUCUGAAGAUGCAAUACCUUAGUGAAAUCGUUGAUCUGAGGGAUUAUCUCCCAGAACGGGUUACUUUUGGCUUCUCAGCAGCAACAGGAGAGCUUUAUGCUAUUCAUAGAGUUUAUUCGUGGCAUUUUAGUUCAACGUUGGAAAUUCAUGAGAAGAAACCUAUUCUAACACCUCCAUCAGAAGCUCCUUCACCUAUUUCGGAUUCAAAUCCGACAGAAAAUGGAAAAAAGAGAAGAUUACCAGUGCUUCCAAUGUUGUUGGGUGUUUCAGGUGCUUUAGUUGUCGUGGGUGGCUUGAUUUGGCUGUUUCUUGUUUACUGGAAGAAGGAUGAAGAAGUUGGCCAUGUCGUGGAUGAGUACAUGGAAGAUGAAUUUGAAAAGGGAACAGGGCCAAGGAAAUUUUCAUACCGAGAAUUGGCUCGAGCUACAAAUAAUUUCAAGGAUGAAAAGAAGUUAGGAGAGGGAGGAUUUGGUGGGGUUUAUAAAGGAUUUUUAAAGGAUACAAAUUCAGACGUUGCAGUGAAGAGAGUAUCAAGGUGGUCUAAACAAGGAGUCAAAGAAUAUGCAGCAGAAGUAAAGAUCAUCAGUCGACUAAGACACAGGAACCUAGUGCAACUCAUUGGCUGGUGUCACGAAAGAAACGAUCUCUUACUUGUUUACGAGUUCAUGCACAAUGGAAGCUUGGAUUCCCAUCUUUUCAGAGAAAUAAGCUUGUUAACCUGGGAGGUGAGGUUCAGAAUUGCUCAAGGCAUAGCUUCAGGAUUGCUGUACUUGCAUGAAGAAUGGGAACAAUGUGUUGUGCAUAGAGAUAUAAAAUCCAGCAACGUUAUGUUGGAUUCAAACUUCAACGCUAAGCUCGGAGAUUUCGGAUUGGCAAGGAUGAUGGAACAUGGAAAAGGUUUGCAGACAACAGUAUUGGCAGGGACAAUGGGCUACAUGGCUCCAGAAUGUCUGACGACAGGCAAGGCCAGCAGAGAAUCUGAUGUGUACAGUUUUGGGGUGGUGGCUUUGGAGAUUGCUUGUGGAAGAAAACCAAUAAACACCAAGGCUAAUGAAGAAGAAGUGCAUAUGGUUUCAUGGGUUUGGGAUCUCUAUGGCCGAGGGAAGCUGCUUGAAGCUGCUGAUCCAAGAUUAUGUGGUGAUUUUGAUGUGCAGCAAAUGGAAAGGUUGAUGAUUGUUGGGCUCUGGUGUUCUCACCCAGAUGAAAAUUUGAGACCUUCAAUUAGGCAAUCGAUUCAUGUGCUUAAUUUCGAAACUCCAUUGCCUGAUCUUCCAUUGAAGAUGCCGGUGCCGAUGUACCUGAAUACAGUGGUGAAGCCGUUCUCUUUUUCCUUGUCCUGUGGUCCUACUCUUAGUAAAGGUAUUCGAAAUCAGUCUUCAACUAAUAGUUAUAAUGCUAAUUCCUACUCUUUCCGUUGAAUUAAUGACAUUAAUUAAUUUUUGUAAGUUUUUGUUGAGUGUUUCUACUCAAGUUUGGAAUGUUAAAGUUUCUCUUC